AUGACAGCCACAAAGAAAUACCAUGAUAAAUCAAAGGAACUGAUGAAUACAUUCCAAACAUGUACCAUCAAACAAGUUCCAAGAUCCCAAAACAAGAGAGCUGAUGCCUUAAGCAACCUUACAUCUCUCACAUUCGCCCAUCUCACCAAGAAGGUACUAGUCGAAAUAUUGAAAACCUCAUCAAUUCAAGAACUUGAGGUUCAAGAUGUGAUCACUGAAGAAGGGCCAAAUUGGAUGACUCCAAUUGAAAAUUUUCUCAAAAAUGGUGAAUUACCCAAUGACCAGAUAGAGGUUGAAAGGGUUCACAUCAAAUCAUGGCAGUAUGUGUUGCAAGGAGAAAUUAUUUACAAAAAGGUUACCUUGCACCACUACUCCGAUGUGCUAGCCCAAAAUAAAGCCAACAUCUGA